GAGUGUCAAGUCAAGUUGUCAUUUUGUGACGCUGACGUCUUGGUCUUGGUUUUGUGUUUUAUAAAAGUAAUAAUUAGCAAAUCAAUAACAGCAAUCGAAUCGAAAUGAAUUAUUUAAUGAAAUAGUAUUGAUGAUUCUACAUAUUACAUAUAUAUUGUUCAUAUUAAGAUGGAUAUUCUAAAAGCAGAGAUAGCUAAAAAACGUAAACUUCUUGAAGAGAAGAACAUUUUGAAUCCAACUAAGAAGUACUUCAAGAGGGGUGAGCUUUUAGCAAAAGAACAAGAGGAGUACUUUAAAAAGUAUGGUUUAAAACCUGAGGAACCACAAAGUGAAUCAAAAGAAGAUGAAGAAAAAGUUAACAAACAAGAAAAUGAAAGCAAACAAACAGAAAGUGCUACAUUGCCUAGAACUGAAGUAGUAAAAAGAUUGAGGGAGCGAGGACAUCCAAUAACUUUAUUUGGAGAAAAUGAAGUACAGUCAUUUAGAAGACUGAGAAGAAUAGAAAUUCAGGAACCUGAAGCAAAUAGAGGUCUGAGAAAUGAUUUCCAGGAAGCUAUGGAGAAAGUAGAUCAAGCAUAUUUAAAUGAAAUAUUAGCAUUAGGGACAAAUAAUGACAAUGAGAAAGCUCACAAUGAGGAUGAUUUGGAUGACUCAAUCACAUAUGAAUUUAUUCAAGAAAUGGCAAAAACUAUGGGACAGGGGGACAGAAAUCAUGAUAUGACUGUUAUUAUGACAUUGUUGCAGUAUCUUUUAAAAAUGUGGGGCCAGCAACUUAAUUCUGCGACAGCUGCGGAAAAGAAUUCUGUAAAGCACAAGAUGGCGAGAGCGACAUACACACAGACUCAAGUAUACCUCAAACCAUUAACGAGAAAAUUGAAGAAGAAAUCUUUGCCAGAAGAUAUUUGUGAUAGUCUCAUGGAAAUAACAAAGCAUCUUUUAGAAAGGAACUAUAUAAUGGCUAGUGACGCCUACUUACAAAUGGCAAUAGGAAAUGCGCCAUGGCCAAUUGGCGUAACAAUGGUUGGUAUUCACGCUCGUACUGGCCGUGAGAAGAUCUUCUCAAAGAAUGUGGCGCAUGUGAUGAACGACGAAACGCAAAGAAAAUAUAUACAGGCUUUGAAACGACUCAUGACUAAAUGUCAGGAGUACUUUCCUACUGAUCCAUCCAGAUGUGUUGAAUAUAAUACUAUAAGAUGAUAAAAUAAAUAAAUCUAUUUUA